UCGCGAGGUGGAUUGGAUCGCGAUCGGUUGAAUCCAAUUAGAAAUAGUGGGCGUUACCUUCACGUACGCUACGCGUGUUGUCGGAACAUCUAGCACUCCUCACUCAUCUUUGCUCUCGCUCACCUUACGUCGCUGUAUCAACGCUUUCUACAAGCAAAGAAACCACACGUACACAUCGGUCAUCAGUCACGUGAUAGCGAAAUGAGGCGGAGGUAUCGUUUUCAAAGUGCAGUGUGGACGCUCGCUAUCCCGAUCGGAUCGCGAUCCAUUCUGGUCUAGUGUGGACAGGCCUUAAAGGGUUGAUGUGGUUGUGUACUGAUUGGAUUGAGAGCACGUGUUGAGUGAAUUGUCGUUUGUUAAUGAAAUUGGAAGGAUUUAUUGUUAUUGAUGUGUUACUGUGAUGUUAGAAUGAGUGAGAGAGACAUCACAACAUUGAAUAGCCAACUAGUGGUUGCUGUAAGGAAUAACGAAGGUGAUGAGGUUGAGAGAUUGUUGAGUCAAGGAGCUUCACCAAAUGCGUUUGAUUCGUUUAAUGGAUUGCCUGUACUGGUGGAUGCUUGUGAAAGACGCUCCUAUUCUGUAUGUAAGCUGCUAGUGAAGAGAGGGGCAGAUGUGAACAAAACUUAUUCUUGGGGUGAGACUGCUCUAAUGGUGGUAGCAUGUAAUGGUGCUGAUGAAAUGGUCGACUUCCUUUUAUCAUCAAAUGCUGAUGCUGGACAGAAGGAUAUGUGUGGUAACACUGCAGUUGAUUAUGCUGUGGGUGGAGGUCACAUGUCAACAGCUGGUCGUUUGGUGUUGGCAACUCAAAGAGUUGAAGAUGUUAGAGUUGAGAAUUGUCCUGUUGUGUUUCAUUGGGCAUGUAAAUCCAAGAGUGUAGAUAUUGCAAGAAAUAUUAUAGAAAGGCUAGGAGCAGCAUGGAAGGAUGGCUGGGGACGGACUUUACUUCACUAUGCUGCUCAUUAUGACAGUCGUGAUGUGGUUGAGUUUCUCUUGGCCAACAAGGCAGAUGCUGAUGCUUCAGACGAUGAUGGUAAGAGACCAUACCAACUGGCUGAUGGUGAACUGAGAAGACGACUGAGGAAAGCAAUAGAUGAACAGAAGUAUGCUGUUCUGUUUGCUGAGGGCACAGUGAGACCAGAAAUCAUCAAGUUGUGUUUCAUCGGUUCAGAAGGAGCAGGAAAGACGACACUCAUGGAGGCUCUCAAACGAGGAUGGUUCAAACGAAUUUUUAGAAACGAGAAUCAAGCAGACGACCCUGAUUGUGAAGAGGAACGUACGAUUGGUAUCAACGUGAUGGUAGCCCUUAUUCCAGGAGUGGGUCUGGUCUCACUGUGGGACCACGCAGGUCAAAAGCAGUUCCACAAAACCCACGGCCUCUUCUUCUCUGCAUCCAACUCGUUCUUCAUCUUGCUAGUGAGUUUAUGGAGAGUAAAGGAGGAACGAUGGUGCAGCUAUGAUGAGUUGCUAGAUGAGGUUCAGUACUGGCUCUCAUUUCUCAGAUCCAGUUUGGAUGGAGAGUUUAUACCCACAGUGUUGAUAAUGGCCAGUCGAGGAGAUCGUGAUCGUCAGCGUGAUGGUCAGCGUGUGUUGCAGCGUGUGCUCGACUACAUUCGUGACCUGUUCAAAGGCCUGAUCAACAUCAUUCAAGAAUGUUUGGUUAUCGACUGUAGGCAGAGCAAAUCUCCUGAAAUGAAACAACUGAAGAAGUUGUUACGUGGUUUUAAGCAGCAACUUGAGGAGUCUGCUCCUCUGUAUCCUCGUCUUUGUCAGCCAGUCGUGUCCAAGUUGCUUCCUUCUCUUCGUAAGAAACAAGAAGAUCAAUUCAUGGAGACGGAAACACUCAUGAAGAUGAUUGAGCAGGAAGCAUGUCCAGGACAAGAGAAGGAGGUUGUAGAAAAGGUAGUCGAUUUUCUGGAUCAAUCAGGAGAGAUUGCUGUUGUUGGUGAUGUGGCUGCUCUCAAUCCUGUUUGUCUACAUCAAUAUGCCAUCGGUCCUAUUGUUGCUUCCAAGGAUUUCAAGUGGCAUGUCAAGUCAGAGAGAAAUGAUGGCACGGUAACAAAAAAAGAAGCAGAAACGGCAAUCGAUCAUUACUCGAGAGAUCACAAGAUUGCUGUUCAACUCAACCCAGAUAAAGUUCUGGCUAUCAACACAUCUCUUGGUAUCUGCUUCAAAGUGGAAGGCAGAGACGACACGUACAUGUUUCCAGCUCUCUUGCCUUCUAAGGAUCUGUCUGUCAUGUGGAAGAAAGAUGAGAGUAAGAAAGUGUAUGUCGGUCGACGUCAAGUGUGCAGAAGUCAGACGACCAUCUUCAGUCCAUCUACAUUCUGUAUGUUUCAAUCUAAAGUUUGCAUUACUUUGGAUCAAAAGGCAAGGCUGUGGAGGGAUGGACUGAUCUUAUCACAAUGCAGUACAGUUCAUAAUCUCAUUGAGUGUUUGGUGGCCAUGAUAGAUCCUGUUCGUUCUGUCGACUUCGUGUGUCGAGGAGGCAAGCAAACAGAAGCAGAAUGUGUUUCACUGCUGGACACUGUCAUGUCUCUUUGGAGAGAUAUGUUAGACAGCUACAGUCCGUACACUAAAUAUCAGACUGAAUAUCUGAGCAGAAAGCAUUUGGAGGAACACAAAGAACUAAAACAAGUCGUUACCUACUCUCAGAAGGAGAUCGACGAAGCAGAAGCAAAGGAAGAAGGAGCACAUGCUGCUGUCAAACAAGUAGUUGGUGAUGAGCUGAUGGUAGAAAGUCUUGUUGACUUACUGGUCGUAUCCAGCAGACCAGUGACUGGACAGUGCAAUGUGACGUUGACGGCCGAUAUGAAAAUAAAUGUUUUAAGGCAAUUGAGACUAGAAGAAGCUUCUCACUUGAGAUUUACAUUUCAACAAGGAAACAUGCCUGAUUUCAAAUCUAUAAGAGAUGCUGUUGUUAAACACUGCAGUAGUCGGUGGUACGAGAUUGGGCUGACCAUAUUGGGACUCAACGGUGAUGAGAUCGAAAGACAAACACAUAAUAAACCGCAUUCUACUGGCAAAUUGCUUGCUCUCAUUGAAGCACGAAGGACUAAAGAUGGAGGAAGCAAGACGGCAGAGGACUUGUUGAGGAUGUGUUAUGAGAUAUCUACACCAGUAUGUGAAGAAAUGAAAGUUGAAUUUAAGAGCAAAACGUCGUCAUCCUAGCAGAGUACCUACAGGAGGCUAUGUGAGAGGCAACUGUCGUCGUAUGUCUGAUCUCUAGAAACAAUUUAUUGUAUUGAUUCAAUCAUUCUAUUGAACACUUUAGAGUAUUAUUACACAUUUUGUCAAUUGUACGAGAUUGAUCAGUUGAACGAUUGUUUGUCUCCCCUCAGCAAAUUGUAACAAGUAGAUAAUAGACGUGGUUAUGCUCAAGUUGUAUCAACUUACCAUCAGGACAGACUGACAAAUGAAUGAUAAUUUGAGUUCAUACUUUCUAUUGUCUUAAUUAAAGGAGGUUCAUAAAACAAACAGGUUUGGAACAAUACAGAGAUUUGCAG